UAUCUCAGAUUGCUGUUAGCUAAUGACCUCCAGUGAGUCAACUGAGGAUAAUAUGAGAGCUCAAAGGACAUCACUGUCACCUCCAAGACCUUAUACCUCCAUGUUAGCCAAGUGUGCCGUCUUAACACAACAAGAAGUUUACCGUUCAUCCCUAGAAGAGGAAGGAUUUACGACUUCUGGCAGCUAGCGCCUGAGAGACGUCCUGCACUCAGCAGGGGUCUUAUAUCAUUGUCCCCAGACUGUGGGGACCCCUCUGCCUUUGGGAAAACAAAACCUCAUGUGCCUGCUUUAGAUUCUUAAUUGAAGCUGUGUCUUCGCACUUCUACGGUGCCAAGAUCUUACCGAGCCCUGCUGACCAUAUUCCUCGGUCCACAGCUGUCACUGCAUCUGUGGUGGCAGGUAUGUUGACUGUUGGUCAGGGGGAUUUACAAAGAACUUGUCGUCGAUCUAAAGUGACCAACAGACGAUAUUCGAUUCUAUUCGGCUGGAGCUGACACCUGAAAAGUCCUGCAGAAGACGUUGAAAGGAAAGCGACCAGGAGGAACCUCCAGACUAGGUUUUUUUUUUAUCGACUGUGAACCCCUAUCCUGGCUUUCAGUAUCCACCCAGGAAUUCAACCCCUAGAAAAUAACCAUAUCCUCAGCGGGGGGGUGCAAUGCCAACCAACCAGUCCUCGCCGUGGGGUGGGGGGAAGUUAGGGGCGGGCUCAAAAGUAGAUAGUUCAACCACUGCAACCUCUGUACGUGCACAUGCCAGGACUGUUGCGGCCACUCAAGUGCCUUUAAGUCAGACUUCUUCAGAGCUGUCCAGGAGAAAAGAUCAAGCCAAAACUCUCGUCUCUAAUGUCGCCUCCUCUGCUUCAAAGUUGAAGCAGAAGUCGGUGUCCUCAUCUGGGCUUUCCGUUUGGGCCAAUGGGGACGGAAAGAAAGCAAACGCCCAGAGCCAAUUCACCGCCAUGCCAGACUGGUCUCCAAACCCGCCACAACAACUUAAUGGGAUUCAGAGCCCAAACCAGGUACUAGAUACUGCACUGAAGCACGCUGGUAGCAGCCUCACAGAUGUCCCUUCUGCCAUACCCAUGAAGGAAUAUCAGAGUAGGUCUAAUGCACAGCUGGCGGGUACAAAGCAGAAAGGUUUGCCGCUCCACUCCUCUCAACCUGGACAUGGGUUAGCAGGGUGCAGACGAGAUGCUGCUUCAGGUGACACUCAGACUCUCAGGUCGGUUUAUCAUCAAGACCUGAUCAUCAAUGGACAGCCCGCCAUGCAGCAAGCCAACAAGCUGAUGCCUGCAGACUGUUCCUCCUCACCAUCAGUGCCUCAUCUAUGCCUUACUCUUUGUGGACACCAGGGGGCAGCGUUGGGAGAAACCGCCGCCAGCCUUGACAGCACAAAAGUAGAGAAAAGAAGCACAACCACCAUGAGGAGAAUCCAAUCGGCUAAAGCGACAACAAAAUGCAGUAGAACACAAAACGGUUGCACAGAAAUGACCGCUUCAAACAAUCAGUUGCUUGUGAGAGGUGGACCUCCUGCGGUGUUGUCUGCAGCUACAAUCAACAGGCCAAAAACAACAGCAACUCUAGAUUUGAAAAGGGAAGCACCAGAAAGUCAGCGUCCUCCAGGAUACGCCUCGUCAACAUGCAGAAGAAGCAGUCCGACAGCAGUCAGUUUAUGUCAGAAUGGCUUCAUGCCGACUGUGCUCAGUGCCACUCAGGAGAAGCUUCCCACACCCAUGGAUGAGAGCACAGAUGUCUCUCCUGGUCCUGCAGGCGUCCUGGUGGGCUCUGUGACCAAUCAAAUCUCUGCAAUCCACCUAACAAAGCAGGAACAGCCCGCCUCCAUGACCUCUCCAUCUCCAGUACCCUCCUCACCGUCACCGACCGAGGAAGGAGACGCUCGGCUGUCUGCUCAGGAGUGCGUGAUGCAGUUGGAUGGAGUCGAGGAGGAGCUUCCCGAUCAGCUGGAUAAUGCCUGCAGUGAUGACGAUGAUUCAGACUAUUCCUCCAUCACCGGCACCUCAUCCUCCUCAUCCAUCGCUACUAUUUCUGGAGUUGAGGAGCCGAUGUCAUUGGAGGCAGAAGAUGAUCGCGAGGAGAAACCGGCUCUGGUUCCCAGUUUGUUCCCCUUCAUCCCUCCAACGCUCUACUUCAGCACGGUCAACGAGAAAGUGGAGCUUCUUCCUGCAGAACAAAGACGACUGUUAAAAUGGAAGAUCAGCACCGUCACGCCAAACGUUGUGAAACACACCAUCGCCAGGUCACACUUCAAAGCCACCAAGAAGAGCCACGACUGGUUGGGCUGCUGGGGACACCACAUGAAGUCUCUCGGCUUCAAAGUCCUCGGAGAACACCAGAAGCUGAACCACUUCCCAGGGACGUUUCAGAUCGGCAGGAAGGACCGCCUGUGGAGGAACCUCUCCAAGAUGAAGGCUCGCUUCGGCAAACAGGAGUUCAGCUUCUUCCCCCGAACCUUCAUCCUCCCUCAGGACAUCAAGCUGCUCCGCAAAGCCUGGGAGGACGGCAGCUCCAGGCAGAAGUGGAUCAUCAAACCGCCGGCAUCAGCCAGAGGAAUCGGCAUCCAGGUCAUCCACAAAUGGAGCCAAAUGCCCCGCAAGAGACCCCUGCUGGUCCAGAAGUAUCUUCACAAGCCCUACCUCAUCAGCGGAAACAAGUUUGACCUACGGAUCUACGUCUAUGUGACCUCAUACGACCCGCUCAAGAUUUACAUCUUCUCUGACGGACUCGUUCGAUUCGCCAGCUGCAAGUAUUCGUCUUCCAUGAAGACUUUGAGUAACAAGUUCAUGCACCUGACCAACUACAGCGUCAACAAGAAGAACUCUGAAUACCAGGCCAACAGCGACGACAAAGCCUGCCAGGGACACAAAUGGGCUUUGAAAGCCUUGUGGCAGUUUCUUGGUGCUAAAGGAGUCAACACCACGCUGAUCUGGGAGAAGAUCAAAGACAUCGUCAUCAAAACCAUCAUCGCGUCAGAGCCGUACGUCAACAGUCUGCUGAAGAUGCACCUCCGGACGCCGUACAGCUGCCACGAGCUGUUCGGCUUCGACAUCAUGCUCGAUGAGAACCUGAAACCCUGGAUCCUAGAGGUCAACAUAUCACCAAGCCUCCAUUCCAACACGGCGCUGGAUGUUGCCGUCAAAGGUCAGAUGAUCCGAGACCUCCUGAACCUGGCUGGUUUCAGGAUUCCAGAUAAAGACGAUGUGGUCGCCCCCUGCAGCAGCGCCUCCAGCUCCACCAGCAGUCUGUGUGGGGGGAGCAGGGAGAAGACCAGGCUAGAUCUGUCAGCUGAUGAGAAGGUCAAACGUGCCUUUUACCUCACACAGCGUUUUGCUGACCAGGACUUCCUCUCUUCGGUGUUGGACGUCCUGACUCCGGAUGACGUCCGCGUGCUGGCAGAAAGCGAGGACGAGCUGACUCGACUCGGAGAGUUCGAGCGGAUUUUUCCCUCGCGGUCGUCGUCCCGCUACCUUCGCUUCUUCGAGUAUCAGAGAUACCUCAACAUCCUGCUGGACCAGUGGGAGCAGAAGCACUGGAACGACAGGACCAAAGGGAUCAGUCAGCUGAGCACUCUGUGUCACAAAGGAGUCCACCUGGGAACCAACGACCCGGCUCACAUGUGGUCCAAGAGUAGCUACAUCUCCAGGUUUGAACCACAAAGACAUGAGCUCGUCAGUCCAUCCAGACCCAGGGUCGUGGUCAGCCAUCAGCGUCGCCCCCAUCAUGAUGACGGUUCAGACGGGGAGGUCGCUUCAGUCUCAAGUCUGCCGGUUUCACCGAGUCCUGGAUCGAGUGUGACCAGCAGCACCUGCACAAGCCCUCAGCCGGGCCUGAGCCUCAGCCAGAGCCUGCUGCCUCACCAGUUCGCCUCGCUCUGAGCCCCAGUGAUAAAUCCUCGUUACUAAACGUCUUAAACACUCUACUGCAGAGCGGACAUUUUCUAACUUUCAGCUGGACGCCCGGUCUUAACAAACAGAGGGCGGAUUUAGAUCUUCAACAGAACUGGUAUGGCCUUUAACACUUUGAUUUCUGCAGAAAUCAUUAUUUUCAUUAUUAUUAACCUAACAUCCACAAAGUAGUCCCGUGAUGGCGGCGUUAGCCUCAAGUUACUGAAACAUCAGAGAAAAUCCAACGCAGAGAGAAUCCCACCGGACCGUGUGUCCGUCGCUCUGAGCAUCCAGUGAGUGACCAUAAAUGUUCCUGCAGAGACUUGAAACGCAUCACAGCGAGCUUCACACCUGCCACACAUGUCGACUUUAACUUGUGUUUUUGUAGCUCUGACUUUUAAAAUCCUCCAGAGCGAGACGAGUGAUGACGUCCGUUUGAUGGCAUUGAAGUCUUAACCUUCAUGACGUUAACAUGACGGGAAUCAAACAUUAAAGGUGUUUACAAUCCGUAUCAGUAAUUCAGAAGUUAACUACAGAUUAUAUUAGAACCCUGUGCAGAAACUCUCACUAACUCACCUCACUGUUACCUGCACUUUGCCUCAAAGAAGCUGCCCGAUGCUAGCUGCCCGAUGCUAGCUGCCCGAGCUGCACGCCUCAAACCACUCCGCUCUUUAACGUGUUCAGGAGUCAGAGCAUUUAAUAAAGUGUCUUAGUCAGACCCUGUAAGAGAAACACGGUGCUUUUGUGGCUACAGAAUAAAUUUCAGAAGUUUGGCUGAACACGUUCUUCCUCUAGUGAAGACGUUCCCAGCCUUUUGUCGUUGCAGCGCCCCCUACGUGUCUUUAAAAAAGCUGAGGCGCCCCCUUUAGGACCCUCAAGGAAAGAAAAGGGAUUCAUCGCUAUGAUGUUUACAAAACGCUUGAAUUGUUUUAUGAAAACUUGAAUUCAUACCGGACUACUCUCUAUGACUUCAGGAUUGUUGAGACCUGAUUUUUGAGCUGCUUUUCAGCCCGAUCGCCGCUGAGUGCAACUGAAGCACUGAUGCUGUGCAGAGAAACGCACGCCUCUCAUAACUCCGGGAUAAUUACCUCGUUCAUCAGAAAAACUGCAGAUUUGUGUUUUCUCGUGUGAAUGCAAUUCGCUUCCAUACAACGCACGUACGAGGACCCGGCCCGAGUCGACAGAAUGACGAGGUGAAAGAUAACGACAACACUGUGAUUCCUCCUCGUCAUAUUAGACUGUUAGCUGUGAUGUUGGGAGGAUUGUGUCACAUUCUCGGCCUUAAUGAUUCAAAUCGUCUGUGAACGAGUGAGAAAUAAAAAGUGCUCCAGACGUCACUCGGUGGUCGAUCCCUGAUCCCACUUUGACGAGCGCGUUAGCAGACAGAGAAGGUAGAUAGAGACUUUAUGAAUCCCUUUGGGAGGGUUCCCUCAGGUGAAUCAAAUAGUAGAUUUGUUAUAUCGCCUCACUUUAAAACGGCUUUCUGUUUUCUUUACAAACACUAACGUUUGAAUCUUCGAGUUUAUCCCGACGUGUUGGCUGCGUGUUCUUCCUCAUAGAGAGAUUGUGUGAUCUAUGAUCACAAACUGAGGGGCGUGGCCUACGGAGAGUUAGAAAGGUGCAGCUGUUGGAUGAAAACUUGAUGCACAUUUUCUUUACCGCUACUCGGGUAAAAACAUGAAGACGUGUGUGCACAGACGGCGCUUCUUGCACAGGCAGCGCUCAUUUUGAAUACAAAACCAAUCAGUUUAGUGCUCGGCGUCCAGAAAGCAAAAACACCCUCACCCGCAACUAUAACAUCCACAUAAUCCGUGCACGCCAUGUUCAGUCAUUAACACAGUGUGGUGCACGCCCUGCCCCAGUGGAAAGGUUUACAGACCCAUGCAGAGCUGGAUAAACACUGAAGCUUCAGAGUCCACCACAUGGUGACCUGUGUGAGCAUCAACUCUAGAGGAGGGGGGGGAGACAGCUCUCUAUGAUGUUUAGAAUUCAGAGUUACAUACUGCUCCUUUAAGCUUUAUCUCUAUUUUCUAAAAUCAACUUAAAUAGGACCUUAAAAAACUUUGAGUAGCAUCCUCCAUGUUCUCAUUGGCAGAGGUUCAUCCUGCUCCACUUUACAUCCACGCCGCUAUCUUUGUUUGCUGCUGUUUAGAGUUGCUAUAUAAAAAGUUAAAUAAUAAUAACACUGGGUUUGAAGUUGUAUUUAACAAAACAGAAAUAUUAUAAUGUUGAAAUGAUGCAUUUUUUUACUAACUUGAAAAUGAUCUAACCUCCGUGUUUAAGGGCUGUUGGAAACGCUCAGGACGACCUUUCAAAAUAAAAGUUAUUUGGUGUACAC